AUGCCUGAGGUGCAAAUUGAAGAGGUGCGGAGAUUUAUGGUGGAGAGCCUAGUGGCGGUGGGGGCUCCGGAGACCGAAGCUAAGUUGCAAGCUGAUCUCCUACUAUAUGCAGAUACCGUAGGACAUUUUAGUCAUGGACUGAAUAGACUUGAACUGUACGUUAACGAUAUCAAAGGAGGCCUAACAUGUCCCGAAAGGAAACCAGUUGUUUUGAAAGAGUCGGCGGCUACAGCGUGGGUGGACGGUAUGGAAACGCUCGGUGCGACGGCAGCCAACUUUUGCAUGGAUUUGGCUAUUAAGAAGGCUAAGGAGUCCGGCGUUGGAUGGGUAUCCGCAAAACGAACGAACCACUUCGGUAUGGCUGGAUACUGGGCUAUAAAGGCGGAGCGUGAAGGUCUCAUUGGCAUGGCAUUUACUAACUCUUCCCCCGUUAUGGUCCCAACAAGAUCAAAGCAGAGUGCUUGUGGCACAAACCCAAUAUCAAUGGCAGCUCCAGCGCUUGACGGAGAUUCAUUAGUCGUGGACAUGGCAACGACCGCAGUUGCUAUGGGAAAGAUCGAGGUGCAGAUUCAUAAGAACGAACCAAUUCCGGAGGGUUGGGCUCUUGGGCCCGAUGGCAAUACUACCACUGACUCACAAUUGGCAUUUAAAACAGCUAAGUUACUGCCACUAGGCGGGCUUGAAGGAACAAGUGGACACAAGGGUUUCUGCCUGAGCACAAUGAUUGAAAUGUUCUGCAGUGGCCUUUCCGGUUCAAACCCUUCAUACAAAGUUCCAUCAUGGACGUUCGAUAAGGACACUGCGCCAAAUUUAGGACAAUGUUUUGUGGCUAUAGACCCCGAGUGUUUCGCUCCAGGCUUUGCCGAGCGUGUCGCUGGCUGCCUACAGCAUUGGAGGAAUUUGGAACCAGUAGAUCCGUCGUUACCGGUACUUGCGCCAGGUGAUAAGGAACGCAAUAUCAGGCAGACAACUCUUAGUAAGGGCACCAUUAUAUACCCGCAAGGACAAAUUGACUCCUGCCAGCUUAUGGCCCAGAAAAUUGGCAUCAAACCUUUGGCCGUUAAAUAA